GUGACCUUGUAACAAAAUUCAUCACACCAGUUUUUAAUAGCCGGUUUUUGAAAUUAUGUAUUAUGUACAUCAUAUUACUACAAAACAGUUAACUGAGUACAAUGCAAACUAUUACUUAAAAAUGUUGUCCCGUAUACUUUCUUUUACGCUACUGAAUUUAAAACAAAAUUGUUGAUAAAAAUGAAUUUUAAAGUUGCAAAUAACAUCGAAAAAUUAAAAAUUUUACAUUCUAUUAUUAAACGUUACUCAAGUCAAUUUUCAAAUAACAGUUUUGAUGUUGUUGUUGUUGGUGGUGGCAUCAUUGGUUGUGCUACAGCUAGAGCUUUAUUAAUUGAAAAUAGAAAUUUAAGAGUUGGAUUAGUCGAAAAAGAAAAUAAAUUAUCAUUUCAUCAAAGUGGACAUAAUAGUGGUGUGAUUCAUGCUGGCAUAUAUUACAAACCUGGCUCAUUGAGAGCUAAGUUAUGCAUUAAAGGAUUACAAAUGACUUAUGAUUAUUGUAAUAAAAAAAACAUACCAUACAAAAAAUGUGGUAAACUUAUUGUUGCUACUAAUGAAAAUGAAAUUAAAAGAUUAAUUGAUCUUUAUGAACGAGGCAUGCAAAAUAGUACUCCCGAUAUAAAAUUAUUAGAUGAACAUGAAAUUAAAACGAUUGAACCCCAUUGCAAAGGUUUGAAUGCAAUAUAUUCACCUCAUACUGGAAUUGUUGACUGGGCAACUGUGACACAAAAUUAUGCAGCAGAUUUUAAACAUAUGGGAGGAAAAAUAUUUUAUGACUUUAAAGUGGAGUCGUUCAAUGAAAAUAAAAAUGGAAGAGCAUUAAAACUUAGAGCCAAAAACAAUGAAGUUGUAAUAACUGAUUAUGUUAUAACAUGUGGUGGACUACAGUCAGACAAACUUUCAAUAAUGACAGGAUGUAAAGAUGAGCCAUACAUUUUACCAGUACGUGGAGAAUAUUUAUUACUCAAAAGUGAUAAAUCAUACCUUGUUAAAGGAAAUAUAUACCCAGUCCCAAAUCCUGAUUUACCUUUCCUUGGUGUACAUUUCACUCCUAGAAUGGACGGUUCUGUGUUUUUAGGUCCAAAUGCAGUUCUGGCUCUAAAACAAGAAGGCUAUAAAUGGAAUGAUAUUAGUAUAGGAAAUACUCUGAGAGUCCUAAAAAAAAAAGGUGUGCGAAAGUUGUUAAAGAAUAACAUACAAUUUGGAAUAAAUGAAAUUUUGAAAUCUAUAUAUCUCUCUAAACAGCUUAGAGAAUUACAAAAUUACAUCCCAAAUAUUCAAUUAAAUGACAUUAUUAGGGGUCCAUCAGGUGUAAGAGCUCAGCCUUUAUGGUCCAACGGAAAGAUGGUGGAAGAUUUAGUCCUAGAUUGUGCUUCAAAUGAUCCUAAUGAAUCUGUUAAGUAUAGAGUUUUACAUUGUCGUAGUGCACCUUCACCUUCAGCUACUUCAUCUUUACCAAUUGCUGACAUAAUAGUUGAUAAAAUGUUUAAAAAAUAUCCUAAAUUGAAACUUUAAUUUUAAUUAUAUAUUAUAAAUAAUUAUAAAAUAUUAAAAUAUUAACAUAUUCACUAAAUA